AUGUCCGGCCCCACCUGGCUGCCCCCGAAGCAAGUGGGGGUCCUGGGCCAGCCCGAUGUCACCGUAUCCGCCCCAGCCGUCUGCAGGGUCCAGAAGAGUUUUGCUUCCAUCCCGGCAGCUCCCAAACCCGCCCACCGGACUCCGGAGACCAAUGGGGCAAUGGGCUCAGCGGGGGGCCUUUCCCGGGACCAGCCCCCUCCGCCAGGUCCCGCCUCGCUUCCCCAGGAUUCUUCUGCGGAUUCCCCCUACUCCUCCGUAAGCGAGAGAGGGUCCCGGGGAUCCUGGGAUAGUGCUACACCUCCCAGCUACACCUUGCAGCAGGGAGAGUCCCCAGAGCAGGCGCGGGGUCUUCACCCCACCAACAUCGAUGUCCAGAUAGAUUCGCUCACCAGCAUGUUGGCCGACAUGGAGAGCAGCCAGCAGCGCCGGGGCGAACGGCCGAAUGCGGAAUCUGUGCCGUAUCCAGCUCUGCAGCCAGGUGCCCCCAAACCCAGCCCGGCUUCGGCUAUCUACAAGCCCACCCUCUCGGGCGGCUUCAUGCCCCUUAAGCCCGAUGCCAAGACCCUGCCCUAUGGAGGCCCACCGGCCUCGGGAUCCCCUUAUCCAGCCGUCCCGGUGAUGCCCUGCCAGUACGGCUCACCCGGCUUGGGGGAGGCCUAUGGAUACCACCGUGCCCCCAAACCGUACCCGCAGCCGAUGCCCGCCUCGUACGCCACGGCUUCCUCCUCAGCCGGAACCCCCUUCAGCAUUCAGGUGAAGGUGGCCAAGCCGGUGGUGGGCUACAACCAGCCCAGGCGCCGGGCGGAGCCGGCCUACGGACCCCCGUCCCCCCAGCUGGGAUACGGGGCGAAGCCUCCCCCGCAGUACGCCUCGGAGCCGGGCUCCCGUGCCCGUCCCCACGAGGCUGAGUCUUGGUAUCCGGAGCCUCCCUCCUAUGGCCAGCGGCCGGGCGAGGGGGAAUUCUACGCCGGCCCUGCAGGGCAGGGCAGGCUGGAGGCGCCGGGGGGACAGUUCCAGUCUGGAUUGGCGAAAGCCGGCAAGGAAGAGUUGACGGGACCCCUGCUUCCCGCCAGCAGUGGGGGGCUGAGGUUUCCCCAUCAGCCCCCGUCAUGCCGCCCGGAAGAGGAGCUGGAUCGGCUGACCAAGAAGCUGAUUUACGACUUGAAGCACCCUCCGACGGCCGAGUACUUCGGCCGCUGCGCUCAGUGCGGGGAGAACGUGGUGGGCGACGGGACGGGCUGCGUGGCCAUGGACCAGGUCUUCCACGUCGAGUGCUUCACCUGUGCGACUUGCCACGGCCGCCUGCGGGGGCAGCCGUUCUACGCCAUCGACCGCCGGUCGUACUGUGAAUCCUGCUAUAUUGUGACUCUGGAGAAAUGUUCCAUGUGCUCCAAGCCCAUCAUGGACCGGAUCCUGCGGGCGAUGGGUAAAGCUUACCACCCUCAGUGCUUCAUCUGUGUGGUCUGCCACCGCUGCCUGGACGGGAUCCCUUUCACCGUGGACGCCACCAGCCAGAUCCACUGCAUUGAAGAUUUCCAUCGGAAAUUUGCCCCCCGCUGUUCCGUGUGUGCGGAGGCCAUCAUGCCUGAACCGGGCCAGGAGGAGACGGUGCGAAUUGUGGCCCUGGACCGCAGCUUCCACAUCGGCUGCUACAAGUGCGAGGAGUGUGGUCUGCUCCUCUCCUCCGAAGGGGAGGGGCGCGGCUGCUACCCGCUGGACGGCCAUAUUCUCUGCAAGAACUGCAGCGCCCGGCGGAUUCAAGACCUCUCCUCCGAUAUCACCACCGACUGCUGA